AUGUCAACUAGACCAAUCGACUCACAGUCAACCAAGUCAAACAACUCAUUCACAUCACGAGCUUAUUCAUGGUCCGGUUUAGCAUCCUUCGAAUGGGAUGUGUUGAUCUUGUCAACUUGCAUCAAACUCUUACUGUUUCCUGCCUAUCAUUCAACAGAUUUUGAAGUUCAUCGAAAUUGGCUCGCUAUCACACAUUCACUACCCCUCUCGCGCUGGUAUUAUGACAAUACAUCAGAAUGGACUUUAGAUUAUCCGCCUUUUUUCGCUUAUUUCGAAAGGCUUCUAUCUUCCUUCGCAGCAUUGGUGGACCCAAAGAUUGUGCAAUUAUCUAAUCUCGGAUACGCAUCUUCAAGUUGUGUCGCAUUCCAGAGAGGUAGCGUCAUAGUCUCUGAGCUGGUUUUGGGUGCCGUCUUGUUAAAGUUAGCACGCAAUCCAACGGAAGGACAAACACCAGCUUUCGCCUUUGCUGUCUCGGCCUCUGUGUUCCUACAUCCAGGACUCCUUAUUGUUGAUCACAUUCACUUCCAGUAUAAUGGGUUUUUGCUCGGAAUCCUUAUGUGGUCGAUAUGGGCAAUCAGAGAUAAACAUUUUAAGACCUCUGCGUUACUAUUUUCGAUCUGUCUCAACUUCAAGCACAUCUUCGUCUACCUCGCACCUCCUUACCUCAUUUAUCUCUUAAGAGCUUACUGCUUCCCCUUUCCACGGGAUGGAUCAGCGUCAUUCAGCCAUUUUCAUGUCUCUCGAUUGAUUCAACUUGGAUUGAUUGUAGUAGGAACUUGUGUUAUUAGCUUCGGUCCAUUUUUCUUUGUGUCUGGUGCUACUGGUAUCACUCAGAUUUUAAGUCGGCUUUUCCCAUUUCAGAGGGGAUUGAAUCAUGCCUACUGGGCUGGGAACAUCUGGGCUGUGUACAGUGCUGUUGAUCGAGUCUUGCUCAAAUAUAUGUUGUUUCGUGGGGGCCAUGUAAACCAACAUGCAAUCAAUUCUACAUCUCGAGGCUUGAUCGGAGACACCUCUUUUGGAGUUUUGCCUGAAAUCAGUCCCACGACUUGCUUCGGCUUAUCGAUUGCUCUCAUAUCAAUAUUCAUGACGAAGCUAUGGCAAGAUCCAAGCUAUUCUAGGUUUCUAAAAUCUCUAGUUUUAUCAGCCUUCACUUCGUUUCUCUUUGGUUGGCAUGUACAUGAAAAAGCUGCUCUACUUUUCUUGAUACCUAUGACACUUUUGGCUGGUGAAGAUUAUCAACAUUUUCGUACUUGGAUGAUCGCAAGUUCGGCUGGAAUCUUUGGAUUAUUUCCACUUUUAAUUAAAUCUUCUGAAACACCAAUCAAGAUAAUUUACACUUUAAUAUGGUGUUCGAUUGUCUUUACUGUAUUGAAAAAGAAUUUUCCAUCUUUGUCAACUGGUUCUUUACUACUCAUCAUAGCAGAAAACACUUAUAUUUGUGGAUUCGGUUUGGUUCAAGCAUAUGUUUCGAUAUUUCAUCAAUUAUUAUUUGGUAAAGAUGGAAGUUCUAUGGAUUUUUUACCUUUGAUGAUUACUAGCAUUUACUGUGGGAUUGGGAUCAUUUGGGCUUAUGUUCGAAUGUGUUAUCUUUAUUUAAUUUGA